AUGGAUAACUCAUUGGAUCAAAAACUAUUGGCGUUUAUAUCAUCACAAUCAACACUCAAACCAUUGUCACCAAGCAAAUCAAAUAACCUCCCCAAAACUGAUAUAAAAUCACUUGAAUCAUUGUGUGUUGCAUCAUUAGACACUCUUUUGAAUAAUAAUGGAGUUUCUAAUAGCAAUAGUAGUGUCUUGGCAUUAGACUCGCUUGAUGCUAUUGAAAUACGAUUGCGUGGGUUGUAUUUGAUUUAUGCUGAUGACCCGCGGAAGUCAUUUGAUAUACUACGGAAACAUCAAUUAUUUAUUGUUAAAUUAUUUAAUCUUAAACAAAUCCAUUAUGUUUAUCAAAAUCUAAAUGUUUUGUUUGAUGAAAUUAAUAAAUUAUUCAUGAUUGAACCCAUGUCCAAAAGUACUAUUUUUACAGGUAUCGAAUUUACUGAUUUCAGUAAUUGGAACGAUGAGACAAGUUUCUUCAAUGCAAACAGAAAAGAUAUAUCCCAAUUGAUUGUUGCCUUUCAUUUCUUAAUUUUACAAUGGAUAGCACAAUAUGUUUCCAAGAAUUUAAAGUCAAUAUUAAUGCAAAAGGAUCAGGUUAUCGGUCUAGAUGAAUUUUGCAAUAUCCCACGAAUGUUUUUAAAUUCCAGUAAUUUUAGAAAAUGGCAAUUAUUGAGUGUUAAUGAAAACUUGGUUAAAUAUAACAGUAAUAAUGUUAAAUUGAUUUCUGGGUUUAUAAAAGUAUUCCAAAGUAUUAAAGCGUCGUCGUCCUUAUUAAAAUAUGUCAAUUUGACUAAUUGUUUGAGAUUGAAGUUAUGUGAAUUUACAAAAGACAAGUCGUUAUUAAAGUCAAUUGGAUUUUCCUCUGAGUUAAUUCCAUUCAUCAAUGAUGAGGAUAUAAAUAUUAAUGAGUUUAUUCAUAGACAUGUCCCAGAAAUAUCUGAAGUUUCCAAUGAAUUGCAGGCUCAGUUAUUAGAGUCACCACAUCUUAUCAGUGAUAGCGAUUUUCUUCGAAAUCUACAGAAUGAUUUACAAUUAUCAAUAGAUAAAUGUCAAAUAAUAAUUUCAGCUUUUAAUACAUUUAAAUACAACCUCAAAUCACUCCUGAGCCAACAAUUGUCAAUUCUUGAUUUAAUCACAAUACAUUUGAAGGAUUCAUUAGAUGAAUCAGUAAUUCCCAUAUUAUCUCAACUGUUUCAAAUUUAUAAUCAUUUUAAAUUAAUAAAAAGAAUGAGAAACAUUUCUAAUUUAUUAUUCAAUUUGGGGAACAAAUCAAACAAUGAUAUUUAUCGGAACUUGGCAGUUGACUAUGAAUGUGUAAUAUUUGAGAUUUCUCCAAGUAAUGACAACUUUAAACAGUUUUAUAAUAAAUUGACAAGAACACAAGUUGCCACUUCGGUAUUUGGCAAGGUUCUAGUGUGUUUUGAAAGUUAUAUGGGCUUGACAAACAAUAAGGAUUAUGAUAUCAAUGGAACGUUAACUCAAAUUAUUUGUAAAACUUUAUUACAAAUUUCAAAUUAUACUCCAUUAAAUAGCAUCAAAGAUGAGAAUUUCAAAUUUAAUGUGAUUAAUGAUAUUUUCCAAUUUAUGGAGAAAUCAAAUAAUACAACUGAAAAAACUAAAGUUUGCAAUUCAAUUAUUGAAUCCACCACUUGGAGUAAUCAAUUGAUUGAAUGCAAAAUAUACUAUCAAUACUAUAACGUCAAUGGACUUGAAAAGUAUUUGGAUUUGGAGGAAAAAUCUUGUGAUAAUCAAUUAAUAACUUCUGGUUUACAAUUUCAGAGAUUGGUAACAUUUGGUUGGAAUGAAACUUUAUUAAUAGAAUGUUUGAAUAAUUUAAAGUAUGGGUUAAAUGAUAACUCCGCGGAACUUGAUUUAUUUGAACUAAAGAUAAUUAAGCAAGUCUUAUUAUAUAUAAAAUAUAAUGGGAUGAUUGAUGAAUUGGUUGUUAUUAUUGAAAUUUUACUAGUCAAAUCAAUUAAACAUGAACAAUUUGAGAAAUUUCUUUUAUUUGAAUAUGCACGAGCAUUAUUGUAUCAAGCCAACAACUCAACCACAAAUAAUGACAAGUUUUCACAAGUGUUCAAUGAUUUGAAGAAACUUUCACAGAAUUGGAAAUCAUUUGAUGAUAUUAUUGAAUUGAGUUUGUUACAAUUACAAUACUUCAUACAUACCAAGAAUUCAACGAAAGCAAAAGAUAGAUUUAAUGGAAUUUUACAAACACUUUUGAAAAAACCUCAAUUCAAUAUAUCAAAAUCAAAGAAUUUACCGAUUGUUUCCAAAUUACAAAACUUUUUGAUUUUAGGAAGAUUUCAAUUACUUGCUUGUCAGAUCAAUAAUCAUAUUAUACAUAAUAAAAUCGAUGCCUUUAAUAAUAUUAAAACAGGGAUUCAAUUAUUGUAUUCAAUUAUGAAAAAACUUCCUACUAAUAUUGACAAAAUAUCAUGGCAAGAACUUAAAUGGGAAAUUACUCGAUUAUUGUUUGAUAGUUAUAAAUUGGCAAUUGAUUCAUCAAUUGAUACUGGAAUAUCUCGAGACAUCCCUUUGUUUUUAAAUGAAUGGGUUAAACUCAAUAACAGUAUUGGUAAUGAUAUACCGAUUGUUAAUUGUAUUAAUGAAUUUGAAAUUGGUCAAUAUGGAUUGCUUGCCAAUAAUGAAUUUCAAAAAUAUAUUGAAAUUGCUGAAAAUAGACUUAAACAUGAUCUUGUUGGGAAAAAUAAUACUGUUAAACAAUACAUUAAUAGAUACCACGAUGAUGAGUCUAAGAAAUUUGAAAGAAAUGAUAUUAUUUGGAAACAAUCGUCUAGUAGUCAUCAAUUAAAGAGUCUUGUGAGGUCUAUCCUUAAUUCAGAUAAUUCACUCAGUGACGUACUGAAAUCAGUACAAUUAUUGCCUUGUGUUGUUGGUGAGAGUUCCACUUUAUGUUCUAAAGAUUUACUUGAUAAUUUAAUUCAAUUAAAAAAUGAAACAUUAAUGGAAAUAACUGAUUCUGGGAAAUCUCGUUCAUUAUCAUUAUGUCAACAACAAGAACUAAUUGCUAAUAUGAAUCAAACUGUUUGUUUAUUGUCUUCUUUGACUUCGUUUAGAGGUGAUGGUUUGUUAUCGGAGAUUUAUUAUCUUCAAGAUUAUGUUAGAAAUCUACCAUUUUCUAAUGAACGCAAAUUAAUGAAUUCUUUGAAGAAUGAUGAGAGUAAUGACUUGUUACCUCGUGCAUUAGACCUCAGUCAAUUUGACGAUCCAAGUAACAACAACACUAUCAAGAGUGGUGGUAUGAUAGAUUUUAAUGUUGAUUUACAGCUUUAUUUACCUAAUAAUUGGAUUCUUGUUACAUUGGAUAUUUGUGAGAAUACUGGAGAUUUAUUGAUUUCCAAAUUAACCAAAGGAUCACCAAGUCCAAUUUUUAUAAGGUUGCCAUUACUGAGAUUUCCUUCAAGUUUGGAUUUCAAACAAUUGAUGCAUAAUUUUGAAAAAAUCAUUGAUGAAAGUAAUUUAUCAACAAAGAAGAAAACCACAUCUAAAAUUUUAACUGUUGAAGAUAGAAAGCAAUGGUGGAGGUCUCGAUUCACUUUAGAUUAUCAAUUGCAAGAUAUUUUACAUCAUGUUGAAACAAAAUGGUUUGGUGGGUUUAUUUCAGGUAUUUUCACCAACAACAACAACAAUAAUAAUAAUAUUGAAAAUGAAUCGAAUAAUGGAUUUAUUAAAUUCAAACAAGAUUUAAUAAAAGUCUUAAAAGAUUGUUUAACAGUAAAUGAUGAUAAAUUCAAUUUAGAAGGGUUCCUUCAAUUUAAUGAAUUUAUUUAUUAUUGUUUUCAUUCAAUGGAAGAAUAUAAUUAUGAAUUGGUUGAUGAUUUGAUAAAAUUUAUUAUUACAAAUAUGAAUUCUCAUGGUAAAAUUGUUAAUUCUGACAAUAAUGUUAAAAUUAAUAAAUUGCACGAAUCAAUUAAGAACUUGAUCAUCAAAAAUAAUAAAAAUAAACAAAAUGUGGUCAACAACAACUGCAAUUCCCAACACAUUGUUUUGAUUCCUAAUGCAAAUUGUUCUAAUUUCCCAUGGGAAUCAAUGGACUUUCUUCGUAAUAAAUCAAUUUCAAGAAUUCCAUCAAUUCAUAUGUUACUUGAUCUAGUCAAAUCAAAAACCAAUAGUAAGAAUAAAUCUAUGACUGUUGAUAAAUCAAAUUUAUAUUAUUUGAUUAAUCCAAGUGGUGAUUUAAUUCGAUCAGAAAAUAGAUUUAAAAAAAUAUUUGAAUCAAAUUAUUUAUGGAGAGGGAAAAUUGGACAAUUAUCAACUAAUAGGAAUGAAAAUUAUCAAGAUUUGAUAUUAUGUGAAAUUUUGAAAAGUCACUUGUUUGUUUAUAUUGGUCAUGGAGGUUGUGAUCAAUAUAUUAAAGUGUCAAAAUUAUUGAAAAAAUGUGGUAAUGAUCAAGAUUCACAGAAUAAGUUACCUCCAAGUUUAUUAUUAGGUUGUUCGUCAGUUAAAUUAGAUAAUUGCAAUUAUAACUAUAAUUCUAGUAAGUUACAACCACUGGGUAAUAUUUAUAAUUGGUUGAAUUGUAAAUCAGCAAUGAUACUUGGGAAUUUAUGGGAUGUUACUGAUAAAGAUAUUGAUAUAUUCACGAUUUCAUUAUUGCAAAAAUGGGGGUUAAUAAAUGAUUCCACGAAUAAUAAUAGUAAUAAUAAUAAUAAUCAUGGUAUGAAAAAAUUGGAUUUGACUAAUUCUGUUGUUCAAAGUAGAGGUAAAUGUACUUUGAAAUAUUUAAAUGGAUCAGCACCUGUGGUUUAUGGUUUACCAAUGUAUUUAAAUUAG